UAAUUUUAAUUCCGCUCUCAAUGUCAAAGAUGGGAUUCUUGGGAGCAAUAGGCUUUUCUUUAGUAUUGGUAUCUCUAACUCAGAUACAUCAUAGUGCAGAAGGCUGCAAAAUCCUGUCAGCAACUUCUUCAAGCGCCUCUUCAAUUUAUGUAGAAUGGGAAAAAUAUCCGGGGGCAACAAGCUAUCUUUUGGACCUUCGAAAGAAAAACUCUUCAGGUUCUGCACCGGUUGUGGUGACUGUGUCAGGAGACAAGACGUCGAAGGAUGUCCAGGGUCUGAAACAAGGGACCGAGUAUAGUGUGACUCUCAAAGUUUUUUUGUUCUACUUUGUGGAGUGUGUGAAUUCAACUUCGGCGUACACAGUCACCGCGACAACGCAGAUAACACACGGCUGGGCAUCUACGAGCACCUCAAUCACUGUAAAAUGGAAAACGGUACCUUUGGCGGAGUACUACUACCUGGAGGUUUACUCUCAGGAUACUGGAAAAACGCUUAACUACACCUUGACCAACACCUCGGCUGUAGUGGAAAACCUGCAACCCUCCUCUAACUAUGACUGCUACGUAUACACAGUAAACAAGGGCGGCAUGGGAGAGAGCAGCAAAGUGCGGACCAUCAGGACAUUGCAAUCGCCACCAGUGGGUGUCACAGCAAAGCAGACUGGACAGGAUACAGCGAGAAUAACGUGGCAGCCGGUGAAGAAAGUCCUGUUGUACCAAGUCAUCAUCCGGAAUCUCAGUGACCCCACCAGCCAGCUGUCCACAUACAAUGUCUCAGACACCAAGUUGGAUAUUGGAGGCAUCCUCCCAUGUUCCAGCUAUCUGAUAUUAGUGUCCUCAUUCAGCAUAUUCUUGGUGCCGAGCGAGCCCACAGAAUACAUGUACACCACCAACAAGUUGAUGCCCGUUUCGUCAGUAUCGGUGGAGUACAGCUGCACCUCACACUCUGUCAUGGUGUCUUGGUCGGCUGUUUUUGGGGCCGACUCCUACUCGGCCACGGCGACGGACAAAUAUGGUACAGAGAUGUCAUGUACGAGCUACGGCACUAACUGCUGGAUCCCUGGACUGACUUGUGGUCAAAGCUACGUAGUGCAUGUAACACCCAUGUCACAGAACUGCAAGAACACGAUCAACGCUACCUCGGCCACUUUCCAUACUGUCCCUUGUCCUCCCACCAACCUAAAGUUGGUACGAGAAUGCACCAGUCAUGCCAUCUUGUUUUCAUGGAACCACACAAACAACACAGACCACUACAAGGCCCAAGCAGUCGACUCUAAGGGAGGGGUCCAGGACUGCCUGACUGACAAAAACUCCUGUUAUUUCACACACACAGUGUGUGGACGACACUAUGACUUCACAGUCUACGCUAUGUCAAAGGGUUGCAAAAGUGAGAUCAGCUCCACUGUGGGUAUUCGCACAGCACCCUGUAUUCCCCAGAAUCUGCAAACAUCAUCCAACUGUAGCUCCGAUGCUUUGCUCAGCAAGUGGGACCAUGCUGAGGGAGCUCUACGCUACACUGUGAAUGCCACCGGCAACAAGAAAAACAGCAACUACAGCUGCAGCACACGUACCAACAGCUGCGUUAUGGAGGGUGUCCCCUGUGGGCAGCACCUGACCAUCAGCAUCACUGCUUAUGAUGAUGAGUGUUCCAGUCCGGAAAAGCUUGGUCAUCCUGCUGAGACAGUCCCUUGCACUCCCAAGAACAUAUCAGCUGUGAAGGACUGCAAAAUCGACACCAUCAAUGUGAACUGGACCAGUAUCUACCCCGCAUUGUUCUACGUCGCCAUUGCGGAGGACAUCAAUGGCGUCAUUCACAGCUGUAACUCCAUAAAAAUGUCCUGCAGCAUGCACGGCUUGGAGUGCAGCACCACGUACAAAGUCUAUGUGAUCGCCUCCAACUUCAUGUGCAACAGCUCUGUGAGCGAGAUGGUCACCGUAGAGACAGGUGCCUGCCCACCAUAUGACCUCUAUUCGUACCUGGACUGUGCAGCCAAUGAGGCUCUGAUUUCAUGGCACGGCCAACACAACAUAAACUCCUACACCGCCACCAUUGUGGAUAAAGAUCACGGACUUCUCAGCUGCAGCUCCACUACAACCAACUGCACAAUACCCAACCUGAAAUGUGGCCAGUACUACACCGUCACAGUCAGCCAGCACGUUGGCAUGUGCAGCAUAUCCUCUGAGCCCAUCCACAUGGAUUCUGUUCCUUGCGGACCUGCCAACCUGCACGCCAGCGUGAACUGUAUGUCCGGUGAAGCCACCAUCAGCUGGAAAGAGACCUGGAACGCAGAAGGCUACAUCACUGUGAUCUCAGAUGGAAACAUGCAGAUGACUUAUAAUACCACAGAGCCAAAGCUGAGCGUGGACACGAUGCACUGUGGGCAGAAGUACAAAGUGGAGGUGAUGUCCGUCAAUGAGAGCUGCGUCAGUCUUUCAUCAGAGACAUACUUCAAGGAAGUGCCCUGUGUGCCCACGAAUGUGACAAUCAAGAGAAAAUGCGGCCAGAGUUUUGUGGACGUGAUGUGGCAAGCAAGUCGUGGUGCCAAAAACUACACGGUAACUGCCAUGGAUGAAGAUGGCAACUCCAUGAAGUGUGUAUCCAACAUCACGUCAUGCAGGAUGAAGGGCGUAAUGUGUGGCAAAGCUUACAAUGUCAGCGUGAUAGCUAUGGAUGACGCCUGCAGCAGCAUGAAGAGCCCUGCUGUGAAGCUACUGACAGAACCCUGCCCUCCCACUGAGCUGAUGGCCAAAGUGAACUGCAGCAAUAACUCUGCCAUGCUAACCUGGAAGAGCAGCCCCAAUGCAAUAUAUUACACUGGCCAGGCAGUGAGCACAGGUGGAGACCGCAUGACCUGUGAUGAAGGAAUGGAACUCAAUUGCUCUCUGACGGGUCUGCACUGUGGUGAGGAGUACACCUUCACCGUGUCGGCCUCAGACGGUGAAUGUCAAAGUCCUGACAGCAAGCCGGUCGUCCAAACAACUGCCCCCUGCGCUGUUCAGAAUGUGCGCACAACCCUCAACUGCACUAACAACACACUGAUGGUCAGCUGGAUGCCCGGAUCCAUGCCAGUCAACUACAGCGUCACCGCCAUGACUGCAAGUGGCACCGUACUUCGCUGUGUCACAGAGGGUUCCAGAUGUAACACAACUCUACAGUGUGGACAGCAGUACACUGUGACAGUCACCCCCAUGAGCAGCACAUGUGAAGGACCCAGCAGCGACCCAGAGAUUGUAAACUCAGUUCCAUGUGUUCCUAUGGAGGUCCAAGGCAUGGUGAACUGUUCCACUAACACGCUGAACGUUUCCUGGGAUGCAGCUGCUGGUGCAAUGUCCUACAAGACCUUAGUGACAGGACCCGGAGGUUUCUCUACUUACCGUCGCACAGAGAACCAGAGCUCCCUCUUCCCUCAUCUGCAGUGUGCUCAGACCUAUAUGUUCAGUGUGAUGGCCCUCAGUGACAGGUGCAACAGCUCGAAGAGUGCCAUGAUGUCAGCGACAACUGCUCCCUGUGACCCAACAAACGUGUUUGCUUCUCUGAAUUGCGUCUCCGGUGUGGCGACGGUGACCUGGAAUGCCAGCGCUGGAGCAACUCACUACAAGGUCAUCGCCGAGGCCAACGGUCACAUGGACUACUGUAAAUCCAAUGGCACUACCUCCUGCGAACUGACCCGGCUGAAGUGUGGGGAGGACUACAGCGUGACUGUGCUGGCAGGAGAUGCAAAGUGCAACAGCUCCAUGCUCGCCAGAACCUAUCUAACAACAGCCCCCUGUGCUCCCAUGAUCCACAACCACUCCCUCGACUGCGCCCACAACCACGCCUGCGUCACCUGGGAUAAAGACGACGAUGCCAUCAAUGUAACGGUAUAUGCAAGCUCCAGCAUGGGAGACAUGCAGUCCUGCAACUCCUCCACCAACAACAGCUGUUACCUGGACAAGCUGAAGUGUGGGCACACCUACAGCGUCCAUGCUGUUGCACAGGGAGCCCAGUGUUUGAGCAAACCCAGCACUGCUUUUGAGGUUGUCACAGCCCCCUGUACACCUGCAAACGUGGACCACACAUACGACUGUCUAACUGGCAUUGCCUUCGUGAACUGGGACGAGACUCUGGGCAGUAAGGGUUUCUACGUCCACGCCCACUCUGGGAACCACGCGACCUACUGCAGCACCGACAAGACUGACUGCUCCCUGUCCCGGCUGCUCUGCGGUCAACUGUACCAUAUCGAAGUGACAGCGGUGGCUGAUCACUGCAACAGCAGCAUGCCUGGUGUAACGCAGAUACAGACCGCCCCCUGUGCUCCCAUGGAUCUCAGCGCAUACCUGGUGUGUGACAACAACACGGCGGCGGUGAGCUGGCAGCAAAGUCCCGGUGCAGAUUCCUAUACCGUGAUGGCGAACGGCAGAGAUGGUGACGUCAAGAAGUGCAUCACAAACGGCACGAGUUGUCAUCUACCCAACAUGCACUGCGCUCAGACCUACAUCAUCACCGUCACCCCCUCCUCUAAGUGGUGCACCGGCAGUGAGAGCAAUUCAUACACCUACGUUGCAGGUCCCUGCCCUCCCACCGACGUCCACGCGACCCUGCAGUGUGUCGGUAACGUGGGCCACGUGACCUGGACCGCUGCCCCACGAGCUGAUAUGUAUGUGGCCACGGCCAUGUCUUCCGUCAUGCACGGACAUGCCCACAACUGCUCCUCCAACGGAACAUACUGCUCCCUCGUUGACCUCGACUGCGGCAAGACGGUCAGCAUCACUGUGGUCACCAUAGAGAGGGGCUGCAGGAGCAAACCCAGCAUGCCAUACACUUUCCAAUCAGUCAUCUGCCCUCCCACUCAUGUGACUGGAGUGACAAACUGCACCAGUAAUGACAUCACAGUACACUGGGACCCAAGUCCAGAAAGCGGUGUUGACUACUUCCUCUACUCCGAAGAAGACAGUGGGGCCGUUGCAAACUUCUCCACUACACAGACAUCCCAUGUGAUAAAGGACCUGCAGUGCGGCGAACUUUAUUCUGUCAAGGUUGCUGCCAGGGACUCUGAGUGCACCAGCGUCUUCAGUCAGCCGAUAUGGACUGAAACAGCUCCGUGUCCUCCAACAAACCUGACUGUCAAAACUGAAUGUGCCACCAACAUGGCAAUACUGACUUGGGCACCGAGUGCACACGCCAAAUCCUACAAAGCCGAAGUGACCGGUAACCAUGGCCCCGUAGUUACCUGUUGGUCCAACACAACAAAUUGCUCUGUGCGCGUGGAUUGUGGACAUCAGUACACAGCAGUUGUGGUUGCUUGCAGUGAGACAUGCAACAGCAGCGCAUCCACCACUUUAACUUUUGACUCAGCUCCAUGUCUGCCUGACAAUGUGCACGCAGAGCUGGACUGCAACGUCAACUCCUUUGCGGUGAAGUGGAGGGGGACCCUUGACAACAGUGGCACUUACACUGCAAUGGCCAUCGGCAGUGACGGGUCACGCGAAACUUGUGACAGCCCAGGCACCAACUGCACCAUACACAACCUAAAAUGUGGCCUCAUGUACAGCAUCGCUGUCACUACGUCAUCCAUCGACUGUGGCACCAUCACUGACUCUAAUUACAAGCUGCAGUCAGCCCCCUGUAAACCAGACAGCGUGUGGGUGGAUUUGCAGUGCAGCACUAAUAUGGCGUUGGUCACCUGGAAAAACUCAGGUCCAGACCAGACCCAGCAUGUGUCAGCGGUGGACAGCAGAGGAAUGACCUACACCUGCAACUCCAGCAGCUCCAACUGCACCUUCGACAAGCUGCCCUGCGGGGAGACAUACACUGUCCAUGUGGUCGGCCACACAAAGACAUGCAGGAGUGAAGCGGCUAUCGCCGACCAGUUCAAAACAGCUCCAUGUGUUCCCACACAACUCACAGCACGGGUGGACUGUGGCUCUGGCAUCACCGUGGUUACAUGGGAUGGAUCACGUGGUGCCACAUCGUACACCGUCUAUGCUUUGGGCAGUCUCGGCCACAACGAUCACUGUGACCAUCACGACACCACCUGCGAUUUCAUAGACCUGGCGUGUGGACAGGACUAUAACAUCACAGUGGUUGCCCACCAUGACACCUGUGACAGCAUGGAAAGCGAGACCACCACUGCCUCCACGGGUCCUUGUCCCCACAGUGAUUUGAAGACAGAACUGGACUGCAACACUAACACAAUCGAUGUGUCUUGGUCUCCUGGAAGUGGCAUCCUCCACUACAGCGCCUCAGCUGAAUCCUUUUCCAUCUCACACCAGCAGACGUGCUCAACCAAUGGAUCCUCCUGCAAUAUCACCUCUCUGCACUGUGGGCAAAACUACAGAGUGAGCGUCUCUGGACAGGGACAGAACUGCCCUAGUCCUGCUCAGUAUUUCAACAGAGUCAACACAGCUCCCUGCCCUCCCACCCAGGUGAAGGUCAACUCGUCCUGUGAAUCAAACAACAUCUUGGUGUCAUGGGACGGCUCACAGGGCUCGGUCUCUUACAUGGCUGUGGCGGAAAAUGCACAGGGCGACCGGUGGACCUGUAACACUACCGGCACCACCUGCUGGAUGUCUGCUCUGCUCUGUGGACAUGAGUACAAGGUCUAUGUUGUUGGUAUUGAUGAGACGUGCAAAGGAGCCAAGAGCGAAAUAAAAAUAAUUCACACCGCCCCCUGCGUACCAGAGAACGUACAGAACCAUCUCGACUGUCUGUCUGGUGUCCUCAAUGUUACCUGGCAGUCGACUGGUCACUUUUUAAAGUUCCACACCUCAGUGAUGAGCAGCAAAGGUCACGUCAGCACCUGCACAACAAACAAGCAUCACUGCGUAGUACGGAACUUGGGGUGCGGGCUGACCUACAAUGUUACAGUCGUGGCCCAAGAUGAGACUUGCAACAGCUCCCACAGCCCCAUAGAGCAGAUCUCUUCAGCUCCCUGCCCUCUCCCGUCGUUCCUUCCUGUGGUGAACUGCAGCACCGGAAAUGUAUCUGUCACCUGGAACAACAGCAUGCCGGGGAUUGUGUACACAGUGUUUGCAGUUGACGCCAUGGGUUACAGACAUAACUGCAGCGGUACCAACAGAGGCUGCACUCUAAACACACUGAAGUGCGGGACAGAGUACAGUGUCACCAUCACACCGUCCAGGGGCGAUUGUGUGGGCAAAGACAGCCACACAAAAAUGAUCAUGACAGUUCCCUGUGUACCUCACCUGUCAGACGUGGAGAUCGACUGCUUGAUGAACUCAGCGUGGGUGAUGUAUAAUUACUCUGCCGGAGCUAAAGACUACAUUGUUAUGGCAACAGACAGCCAGGGUAAUGUCCAGACAUUUGAGUGCAACUACACUUCAGACUGGAUGUGCCCUCUGCCACCACUGAUGUGCAGCAAGAAUCUCACCUUUACUCUGAAGGCUCAGGACCAGCAAUGCACCAGUGCGCCCAGCAACGCCAUCACAACUGAAACAGCUCCCUGUCCUCCUGAGGACGUUAUGGACAAAGUGGACUGUAAAAACGGAACAAUUUCCGUCACCUGGUCAGGUGUUCCUGGUGCGAUAAGGUACAAAGCCAUGCUGGAGGAGGUGUCUGGAGGUAAUACCAGCUGCUGCACCACACCAGGCACCAGCUGUAAUAUCACACAUCUGCCAUGUGGAGAAAUGUACACCCUGCAUGUCAUGGCUGAGGGACGAACCUGUAAUAGUUCAGAGAUCAGAGGCCACAUCACCAGGACAGCUCCAUGUGUCCCUGAGGAUCUACAAGUCAGUCUGAGCUGCAGCAACAAUGUGGCCUCCAUGUCCUGGAGCCAGAGCAAGGGAGGACAGCUUUACGUUGUGAAAGCAGUGGGUACUGAUGGCCACACGCACGAGUGCAUGUCGCCUGGGAGCCAGUGUGAUCUGACAGAUCUGCAUUGUGGAGAGUACUAUACAGCCACUGUGACUGCAGAGGUCAUGGAGUGCAAGAGCAAACCAAGUGACAGUGUGAUGUUCAAGACAGUGCCAUGCACGCCGGCAAACAUCUCCUCUAUGGUGGACUGCGAGACCGAUUCUCUGAUUAUUUCCUGGUCCGAUAGCCCAGGAGCUGAUUCCUAUUUGGCCACAUUGGAGGACAGCAUUGGUCGGGGCACAACCUGUCAGGGCACAAUAGAGGGCUCCUGCAAUGUGACAGGAAUCGCCUGCGGUCAGAUCUACCACGUCUUUGUGGUCUCCUCUGAUGGAAUCUGUGACAGCCCACCCACUCCUGUGAUUGACACACCUUCAGCCCCCUGUAAACCAAGACAUAUCGAGGCGGUAAUAGACUGCCACACGGAUUCAGCCGUGGUGCACUGGGACGUGGGUUUUGGAGCUUUGUGGUACAUAGCCAUGGCCACCACAGCGUCAGGUCACCAAGUCACCUGUGAGACAAACAUGACCUACUGUGAGCUGGAAGGCCUGCACUGUGGUCAAAGUUACUCAGUGUCUGUCAAAGCUGCAGGAGAGAGCUGCGGCAGCAUUAUUGCUACCAUGACAGGACAGCUGGAAACUGCGCCUUGCAUCCCAGAACACGUCACCACUCAUUACAGCCUAACGAUCGGCCAGGUGCAGUGGGACAUGACCACUGGUGCUGCUUACUACUUUGUCAAGGCAGAAACAGACGAGGGCCUCUCAUCAACCUGUAAUACUCCUGACACCUUUUGUGCACUGUAUGACAUGAAGUGUAGCCAAAAGUACCAUGUGAAAGUCACAGCAAACAACAAUGUGUGCACAGACGCGUCCACCUCUACUGAAAACGUCACGAUUAUAACAGAGCCUUGCCCGCCCAAACACCUGCAGGCAACUGUUAACUGUCAGGAGAACAUUGGACUCGUGUCAUGGGAGGCCAGUAUGGGCGCUGUGGCUUACAAGACUGAGCUUGCUGGGCGCGAUGGCCACUUACUGUCCUGUCACACGAAUGACACUUACUGCGACAUCGAAGGCCUCCACUGUGGAGUCAUCUACCACACCAGUACCUAUGCCAUUGGGGAGACACUCGACAGCCUCCCCACUGACGUCGUCCUGCUGGUUUCAGCUCCCUGUCCAGCUGGAAAUGUGGCAGCUACAUCAGACUGCUACAGCAACACAGCAUUUGUCUCGUGGGACGAAGCCAAUGGAGCAAUCUCCUACAUGAUAACUGCUGAAUCGAAAGAAGGCUACCAGGCGUCAUGUGAGACUGAUCAAUUCCACUGUCAUCUGACAGACCUGCAUUGUGGUCAAAUGUACUACAUCACGAUCACGAGCAUCAGCGACCACUGCCACACUGUGACACACACUAAUGUCACCUUCAGUACACGCCCCUGUAAGCCAAUGUAUGUUGGAGUGGACCUGCAGUGUGGGACGAGCACCGCUAACUUGUACUGGGAGGAUCAAGAGGAAGUGGAGCUCUACAUGGCGACUGCCACCUGCAGCGGCGGAAUGACUCUGCAUUGCAACUCCACCAACUCCACCUGCCAGUUCUCUAACCUGACCUGUGGCGAAACCUACAAGUUCUCUGUAACUGCACACAGCUAUAUGUGCUACAGUGAAACCAGCAGCACAGUGGAGAUUAAGACCGAACCCUGUCCGGCAACUAACCUGAGGAUCACUGGGUCGUGCUACAACGCUACAUCGACAGUGAUGGUGGAAUGGUCUGACGCUCCAGGUGCAUUGCUCUACGUGUUGACAGCCUCUGGAGACCUGGGAUUUACCACAUCUUACCAAACCAAUGAAACCAUGAUGGAGACUGAUCUACCCUGUGGACAAGUAUAUACUUUCACCGUAAUAUCUCAAGAUGAACGAUGUGACAGUGUUGCGAGCAUGCCCGAACAAUACAAGACAGGUCCCUGCAUCCCACAGCAUGUUCAGAGCUUUACACACUGUGAGGACAGUGUGGGCGCGGUCAGCUGGGCGACGAGUCCCGGAGCAGAGUCAUACGUGGCCGUUGCAACGGCACAGGAUGGCAGCACUGUCAUAUGCGCCACAAACACCACCACCUGCAUUUGGGAUGACCUGCAUUGCGGCACAGAGUAUACCGUCCACGUCACCGCCAUCGACAACAUGUGCAACAGCCUGCCUAGCAACAGCACUUCCAUACGGAUGGCACCUUGCAUACCCGAGAACUUGGUGUCAUCUUUUGACUGCGAUAUGAAGGUGGGAUCGCUGUCCUGGAAUGCCACUGAAACUGCAGUGUUAUACAUUGUGACUGCAGAGAACAACGGCGGCCACAAAGUGUCGCUGAGCACCAACGAAACCUGGACUUCCAUUUCUGAGUUCAUGUGUGGUCAGGAGUACUUCCUCUCUGUUCAGGCGAAAGAUUUUGUGUGUACAAGCAGCCCCAGUCCGCCCUCCAUGCUUAAGACAGAACCCUGUCCGCCUACCGACGUCUCCAGCGUCAUGAACUGCGCCUCCAACAUUGCGGUGGUGUCGUGGACUGGCUCACUUGGGGCGGAGUAUUACACUGCCACCUUAACGCCAGAACAUGGUCAGCCAAACAGCUGCAUGUCUGAGGGCCAGCAGUGUAGUAUGCCCAACGUCCAGUGUGGACAGAACUACACAGUGAUUGUCGUUGCCUCACAUAAGGAUUGUGACUCUGAUCCCAGUGAGCCCGACACUCUGCAAUCAGUGCCUUGUGUUCCUACUGAUGUGAAAAUCGAGGUUGACUGCUCCAGAAAUGAGGCUGUUGUGUCCUGGAGUUCUAGCGACGGUGCUGUGUCUUACCAAGUGAUGGCUGAGAGCAAAAAGGGAUCCAUUUCCUUCUGUGAAACUGGAGGCCUCAUGUGUACUUUGACCAACCUGACCUGUGGACACAACUACUUAGUUCAGGUGGUUGCGCAGGAUGGUAUCUGCUCAUCUUUGCCCAGCCCAGCUAUAGACUUCUAUUCAGUUCCCUGCAUUCCAGACAUUGGUUCAGUGAUUUUGGAUUGCUACACAAACUCGGCUCUCUUGGACUGGGCCUACACUAAGGGCGCCAUGUUCUACAACGGAACAGCCCGAUCCUCUAGUGGCCACAUUUCCAUCUGCAGCUCCAACUACACCUACUGUGAGCUGCGGGACCUGCAUUGUGGCGAGACAUAUACUGUGACCACUGUGGCCUCCAAUGGACAGUGCAGCAGCCCCUCCAGCAUGAGUUUGCAGGUGACAUCAGUGCCAUGUCCUCCUGAGGGUGUUAUGCCGGUACUGAACUGCUCUACCAACACAGCACAGGUAGAAUGGCAGACCAGCAAGGGGGCUAGUUCCUACAUUGUCCAAGCCUUCGGUGUGGAAGAACACAAAACUGGCUGCGAGUCAAAGACGGAUUCCUGUAUCCUCUCAGACCUCAAGUGUGGCUUCACCUACGACAUCAUUGUGAUUGCUGCUAACAGCAUGUGCAACGUGUCACAAAGUAAAGUGAUACAGCUCAAAGCAGUGCCCUGCAUACCUCAGCAUGUGGAGGCCCGGGUGGUUUGUGAAUCUGGUGGAGUGGCAGUUUCUUGGGAACGGAGUAAAGGGGCUUCAUCCUACACCUCAUUCGCCCAGGGCAUGGCCGGCUACGCUUCCACACACAACAGCAACGAAACAACUAGCCUGUUCAAUGACUUGCUGUGCGGCCAUAACUACUCGAUCACUGUUAGUGCUUCAAAUGGCAUAUGUAGCAGUGCAGAAAGCUCUGCUGUGGAUAUUGAUACAGUGCCAUGUGUACCACAGAACGUAACAGCAAAGAUGAUGUGCAGCAGCGACACAGGAAUGGUGUCGUGGGAAGAAGGGGAGGGUGUGUCCUCCUACAAGGUGCACGCUUUUGGACCGGAUGGUCACAAGGUUGAGUGUAACAACACUGGAAGCAGUUGUCAGCUCCCCAGCAUGCACUGUGGCCAGCUCUACAAUCUGAAAGUUACAGCUAAGGAUGGACGCUGUGAUAACAGCCAAGCCAAUCUCACCCUGCAGUCAGUACCUUGUAAGCCAACCAAUGUCAAAGCUUCCCUACACUGCCACUCAAACUCUGCUGCAGUCACAUGGGAGCGAGGCAUCGGAGCACAUUCCUACGUUGCAGUGGCUGUUACAACAGAUGGAAGUCACCAGACCAAGUGUAACCACACUAUGACGUACUGUGAUCUAACUGACCUGCAGUGUGGACAGACCUACAACAUAAAGGUGUAUGCCAAGGAUGAGUCCUGCUCUAGUAUGGCCAGUGACGAGGCUUACGUGCAGACAGCUCCCUGUGCACCUCAGAAUGUGACUGUUGAUGCACAAUGCACUAAAGACGCCAUGGUUGUGUCUUGGUCUCCCAACCCCGAUGCCAAGUAUUUCCAUGUGGCAGCGGUGAGCAACACCAUGGCGAGACUCUACUGUAACUCCAGCGGCACCACCUGCACUAUGAAGAAUCUACCGUGUGGACAGAGCUACAACAUUACUGUGAUUUCUGUUAGAGACGAUUGUGAGAGCAAACCAAGCCCAGUGGUGAAGACUUCUUCAGUUCCAUGUGUGCCCAUGAAUCCCAAGGGUGAUCUGGACUGUGUAUCUAACAAUGCAUGGGUGGAAUGGGACGAUUCAAAAGGAGCAACCAGCUACUUUGUGCUAGCUCAAUCAGCCGGUGGUCACAGCUCCAACUGCACUGCCCCCUCCUCCCACUGUAAAGUGCCAGAUCUGGAAUGUGGGACAGUUUACACCUGCCAUGUCACGGCUAUGAACAAGUACUGCAGCAGUAAUCACAGCGCCACCUUUGAGAUUGAGACAGGACCUUGCGCUUUAACAUCCAUCAAUGCAACAACUGAGUGCCACAAUGACACCAUCCUGGUUGAAUGGGAGGAAACAGUUGGCAUUCCCAUUUACCUGGUGACCGCUGAGGCCGACGACCUAACCACCAUUUCCUGUAAAAGCAAUUCGAGUUCAUGUUUACUCAAGGGCGCACUCUGUGGCACGCACUACAGCGUCAUAGUAUCAACUUCUUCUGAUAAGUGCAGCACCCUCAGAAGCCCUCCAAGGAAGAUUAAAACAGUGCCCUGUGUCCCAGGAAAUGUGACAGUGGUGCCAUCAUGCAAGGAGAAUGGGGCGACUGUGACAUGGGCACACUCACCUGUGGCCGUAUCUUACAACCUGACAGCAACAGGAAGCGAUGGACACGUCGUGAAUUGCAGCAGUAAAGUGAACAACUGCUCCUUGGCCGAUCUUCACUGUGGCCAAAUGUACAAAUUAAUCAUCACGGCCAAGGGACACGACUGCACCAGCUAUCCCAGCAUUUCUUCCUUCAAAACAAUGCCCUGUGCACCCUCUGGUGUCGCAGUGGAUCUCGAUUGUGAAACACACUCCGCCAUGCUGUCUUGGUACGCCACUGAGGACGCCGUGGAAUAUUUUAGCUGUGCCCAGCCUAUGAAGGGAGACGCCCUGUACUGUAACAACAAUACUACUUACUGCAUCUUUGAGGGCCUGGAGUGCGGUGAAAUUUACAAUUUCUCCGUUCAAGCAUCUAAUGGCAUCUGCAACAGCUCAUUUAGUCCACCUCUGCAGGCCGGAGCAGCUCCAUGCCCUCCAACCUAUCUGAAUGUCCGGAUGCAGAGGAUAGACCAAUCAUAUUGGGCCAUGAUAUCAUGGGACAGAGUCAAUUGUUCUGAUGUCGAAUACUCGGUGGAAGUAAUCGGACGACUCAAUAACAACUCACAAACCUUGAUGAAUAUCUCUUCCUACUGGCUACCCAGACCGUACUUUGAGCUUCCGGUGCCAUGUAGCACAGCUUAUAACGUGACUGUACGUGCCAAAAACUCAGCUGGGGUCAGCGAGCCGUCCACUGCCUUCAGUGGAGUCACAGUCCCCUGCCCUCCACAGUACGUAAGAUACACCGGUAGCAGACCACUUGCCAUGCUGUCCUGGAAUGCGUCGGUGUUUGCUACAUGGUACACCGUCUACAAUGUAUCAGGAGGAAGCCGCAUGGUGCUUUGCAACACCACCGAGCUCUCCUGCCAGCUGACCAACUUCGAUCCCAAUGCCACUGAAGUGACAGCUAGCAAUGACGUAGGGGAGGGCAACCCCAGCCGAAAUAUAACAGGUCCCGGGGUAUCUCGCAGAAGAAGAGAUCUGCGGACCACUCAAGUCUUUACCCGAUUAGAAGAAAAGCUUGAAAUGCCAGAAGGGCUGACGGUUACAGCAAAAGGAGUUACCUUGUAUGUGAAUUGGAAGGCGAUGCAGGGCGUAACCGAGUACACACUCGUCAUUCAUGAGAAGCCGAGAGAGCAGUGGACCGACGUGACGCCCAUAGUGAGAAGUGUGGAAGGUACCUUUCAUAAAGAGACUGGCCUCAAACCCUGGACUAGAUACUGUGUUAAGGUGGCAGCCAAAAAUGGCAUGAACCACAGCAACUACCCUCACAAGUGCACAAACACUAGCAGCUCUUAAUGAAAUUAUACGCAUUCACUGACACUGGACUAAACAGGAUUGCCAUUAUAGUGGUUCUUUAUUUGUCUUCUCCACUCAGUAGCUUCCAGAACAGAAUUGUUACUGGUUUGAUCUUUAAGGACUUUAGGAGAAUAAUUGCAAAAAAAAGAGUAAUCACAACUACAAAGCAAUAACAAAAUUCUUCUGAUUCGGGGUACAACUUACAUGUCACACACAAAUACUGAUCAAACCUCUCAAGAAGCUUUAGAUUGAAAUGCUUAUGAAUCUUUGUUAACAAUAGUUUGUAUACCUUUUCAUAAUUGUGGCUGAUAUCAUAGCAGCAUGUGACAUUAUAGCUGUGUAAUAAAGUAUUGCUGAGAAUAUAUUUAUCUAAAAUGGUUAUAUUUUUUGCGGUUGGUUAUUAGAUUCUCUGGAUGAUUGUUAAGCCCAAAAAAUGUAGUGUAAACUAAUAAACUGAUAAUUUAUCAAGCAA